CAGCCUUGGGCCAAUCACACAGAAGGGGCGUGCCAUUGUUUUCAGAGGGUGUUGCUGCCGCUUGUCCGUGCUGAUGUGGGAGCAGCUGUGAAUUGAACGGCCCGGGGCUGUGGGAAUACAUUGUAGGCAACACACACACAGCGCCUCGUACAGCUCAUUUCUCUGGUCCAUAACCGUCUCCAGACACCCAGGCCGGGCUGCACGACGCUGAUGUGAGGAUGUCAGUGGCAGGACUGAAGAAGCAGUUCCAUAAAGCCAGUCAGCUGUUCAGUGAGAAAAUCAGCGGAGCAGAAGGAACAAAACUCGAUGAUGACUUUCAGGAGAUGGAGAGAAAAAUUGACAUCACUAAUAAGGUUGUUGCAGAGCUUCUCUCAAAAACUACAGAGUACCUGCAGCCCAACCCAGCAUACAGAGCCCGGCUGGGAAUGUUGAACACCAUGUCCAAAAUCCGAGGACAAGUCAAAACUACAGGCUACCCACAGACAGAAGGAUUACUGGGGGACUGCAUGCUUCGUCAUGGGAGAGAAUUAGGGGAAGAAUCAGAAUUUGGCUGUGCUUUGUUAGAUGCCGGCGAAUGCAUGAAACAAAUGGCAGAGGUGAAGGACUCACUUGAUAUUAAUGUCAAGCAAAACUUUAUCGAUCCCCUACAGUCCUUACAAGACAAGGAUCUUAAAGAAAUCCUGUACCAUUUAAAAAAGCUGGAAGGACGUCGUUUAGAUUACGACUACAAAAAGAGACGCCAGGGGAAGAUCCCGGAUGAAGAAAUCAGACAAGCGGUGGAGAAAUUUGAAGAGUCCAAGGAACUAGCAGAAAGGAGUAUGUUUAACUUCUUGGAAAAUGAUAUAGAACAAGUCAGCCAACUGUCUGUAUUUGUAGAAGCAGCUUUAGACUAUCACAGACAGUCGGCUCAGAUUCUUGAAGAACUACACAACCGGUUACACAACAGAAUUAAUACAGCCUCCGGCCGGCCAAAGAGGGAGUUGCAGCAUAAAUCAAUCAUUGCAACCCUGGAGUCAAAUGAAAAGUUACAUCACAAUGGGGUGCCCAGCAACACAUCAAUCAAGCCAUCAGGUUCUUCUGUCCACUUGGACCAGCCUUGCUGCAGAGCACUGUAUGACUUUGAGCCUGAAAAUGAAGGAGAACUUGGAUUUAAGGAAGGAGACAUCAUUACUUUAACCAAUCAAAUCGAUGAGAACUGGUUUGAAGGGAUGGUCAGUGGCGAAUCUGGAUUUUUCCCUAUUAACUAUGUGGAAGUGGUGGUUCCGCUUCCAUAGUAAACAAGGACCGAGGGACAAUUUCAUCUUGUUAAAAAAAAAAAAGCAAAACAAAAGGACUUGCAAACAUUUUGAAUGUGGCAUUCUGUGAACGCCUUGCUAUUGGAGUGAUCUUUAGUACGUGUCAUCUCUUUUAUAUGUAUUUAUUUUGUAUUAAUUUUAUUUUUAUGAAAACAUUUGACAUUGUUACAUCAAAAUGCAAAUCUAUUUUUGUUCUUAAUGUUCUAUGGAGAUUUCCUGGUUACAUUGUUUCAGACGUGGUAUGUUCCUUGUUUGUGCGUCGGAUCCUUGCUGAAAGUCAGGGUUUUAUACUCCUCUCAAAGUAUUAAGAGCGUCCGGGGUGCAAGGCAGGCUUCUCUUGCACUCACGGCUAGCACAAAACACAAAAGAUCAGUUUCUGCAGCGGCUGAUUGAUUGUUAUUAAAAAGAAAAAGUAAGCCUUUUAACUGUGAAUACUCUAAUACGUGUUGCACAAUAUUUGUUAACGAGAGUAGGCAAUGUUGCUAAAAAGUUAUUGUAAAUUGUCUUAUUAAAAAUGCUACGGUUAUCUGACCAAAUCUAAUAAAA